CUUAUAUUAUUAGAGGGUGAGUUCCUUGAAAGAAUUCAAGGAAUUAUAUUUAUUAUUUAAAUUGUCAAUGUUUGACUACACAAUUAAAAGUAUCCAAUAAAAUGUAAAGUGUGUGUGAAUUCUAUUUUGUACCUACCAUACAAUGGAUGGCCCUGAGGAACCAGCAUUAAAAUCAAGAUCAUUUAAAUUAGAAGCAAAUAAUAAUAAUAAUCGCAGCGACCGUACAAAUAAUUGUGGUCUGUCGAAAACGACGACAGACCUAGCGACUAAUAGAGGGAGCAAGGAGGUGGAGGUGUCGUCAAUUGUUCAAACUGGUGGCGAUGUUGCAGAAGAAUCCUCCCCUUCUUGCGCCAUCCCGACUAUUAACUUUACAGACUUUGUGUCCUUGUUAUCUCCCAAGAACGUGGAGAAUUGCCUCUGCUGCUCCACCCCCCUCCUGACCAGCCCACCACCCACAUUCUUGGCCCGAAAGAGACGACACCUGCUCAAAUCAUUUUGCGAUAUCCUCAACCUUCCCUUUCACGAUGGAGGAGAGGAGGAUGACGACCAGCCCCACAACGCGGAGGGCCAACCAGUCGAGACGGAUGACGACGAGGAGGAGGAUCAGGAGAAGGAUGACGUAGACUUCCCCUUCUGUUUUCACUGUACAAAUAAAAAGGUGCUUCUACUCAAAGACGUGCACGACAAGUUGGAAGUUCUCCAGACGCAGUUUAACCAGCUCAAGGAGACCAUUCUGCAGGACGUCGUACGAGGUUUUGUCACCAAUAUUGUGACAGAUAGGAAGAUUCCGGUGCAUGCCAUUAGAGAUGCUAGGAUCUGCGAGAGAAUGUAUUAUAUGUUCAAACGUCACACCGAAAGAAGGACAAGAAAGGAUAUAGCCAUUGAUAGCGAAGUACAAACCGACAUCUCUUCAGUAUCUACACCGUUGCUGAAUCCGUCGGCUGUGGCGAGUUUACUGGAAAAUAGUAGUGCAACAUUCACCAACAACAAACGAAAACGACCAUCUCCAAAAAAGCCAGAAUAUAUUUCCAAAAGUUGGAAUAAUAGCGGCAGCAGCAUCCGGAACUUCUCAACUCUGAAUCCUCGUCAAGCUAGUACUAAUAAGAGUGGGGGUUACUACAAUAAUGGAAGAAUACAAAAUACUCAAACCGUCAUUGAAGAAUCGAUUGUGCCAUUUGAUGAGAACGGUGGUGGAGGAAUGUUUCCAUUUGAUGAAAAUGGCAUUUUGAGCACUGGAGAACAUGAUGCGCCUUAUACAGACUACUACAACAGCUCAGUAAAACCCAACUAUGUUCAACACUCAACCAUUAACGGAUUUAGUACGAUUGACGAAGAAUUUCAAAAUGCACUUGGCAUCACCGAUGGAUAUGAUCAUGAAUUCCCACAAUCUGUAGCUGCAUCGAAAACUAGUCCUUUAACUUAUACCGACUUGGAUAGUGUAGUAGUAGAUAGAUCUCCAAGUACAGAAUUAUCAAAAUUUGCUCUGGGCGAAGUGUGCGACAAAAGUAUUAUAAAAGCAAAAAUGAAAAUGAACGUGGAACAAGUUCAAGGAGGUGAAAAGCGAACACAAUGCAGAGGAUGUGAUCGAAAAUUUUCUAGGAGGGAUCAAUUAGCAUCUCAUGAAGAACGCCACAUUGUCAACUCAACAAGAAUUUAUUUUUGUCAUCGUUGCGUCGACAAAACUGAACUUAUUACAUGCAAAUCAUUAUACGUUACUCAUUGCAUUAAUGUUCACGCUAUCGAAGACGAUGUAGUAGAGUUCUUUUACUUCUGUGAUAAAGAAGAUUGCAAUAAGUCAUACAAGGUUCGAGAGGAUUUCAUAAACCACAUAAAAUCACAUUGGAAGAUUGCCGAGUCCAACAACUGCAAUGUAUGCGACAAAGUUUUUGCAGAAAAACAACACCUUGUCACCCAUGAAAACGAGGCACAUAAGAAAAAUGCUGUGUUUUAUGACUGCUCAUUUUGUUAUAAAGGAUUUGGAAAUGAGAGCGACUUCUCUCAUCAUCUGUUGUUCCAUAAAGUCAAGAUACCUGAAGAGCUUAAGCAUCAUUGUGAUAAAUGUGGGAAGUUUUUUGAGACAGAAACUAGAUUCCGACGACAUAAUUACUCCGUCCAUAUUCGUGUCCGGUCAAAAAAGAAAUCAAAAUCGAAACCCAUCAUGGAUAUUGAAAGCCAUGAAGAUGAUUCCAUUAUCCAAAAUGAUGACGAUGAUGAAUCGAGUACAGUGCCAGAUCAACCAGAUUUUCCAUGCGAGGAAUGCGGAAAGUCAUAUUCGACAGAUGAGAAAUUGAAGAAACAUGUAAAAAAGCAUCAUGACAAUGGCAAAAGUAAAAGAUCUCGUAAAGACCUUGAAGACGAUCCCAGCUCGGAUGAUGAUCUCCUAGAUGCGGGACAGGUUGAUGCUGAUAAGGAAGAUGAUGAUUACCCUGAUCCUACUGCGAGUAGUAAGCAGAAACGCCAUCGCAAGAGUCCUGGCAAAACAACAACAAAGAAUACCUUCGUGGGCUUGGGUAAAACGUGUCCGUUAUGUCCACUGAAAUUUAGACUCGCAUUAGAGUUGCGACGACAUAUGAUGAAGAGUCAUCGUCAAGAGUACCUCAAACGGGGUCAAGUUCACUGUAUCGUGUGUUUCAAUAUUUUUGACAGUCAGGAAAAAUUGGAUGACCACUAUGAUGAGAAACAUAGCAGAUUUAAAUGUCAUAUUUGUAACAAGCAACAUCAAAGUACAGCUCUGUUGAAGCAACACAUGGAACGACAUAAAGCACAUCCCUUUGUGUGCAAGCUGUGUGACCAAGGAUUUUCUUCCAAAAAUAGCUUGGGUCAACAUAUAACAAAAAUCCACAAACCAAAAAAACCAAACGGCUAUGAGGAUGAAGAACCUGUUAGUCCAGCUAACAGCUUAUUGUCUUUUCAGCAUGACCAAGAUUCUGUUGACCUUGACUCUGUUGAUUUGUUUCAAAUUUGAGCAUCAAAAACUUAUUGGUGAAUUACAUGAACUCUCCAAAAAUCAUGAAAGAAAUACAGUAUUUAAUUAUUUAAUAAUGCGAACGCCUCUGAAGGACCUCGACCAUGCCAUUCUUACAAUGUUAUUAUUAGUAUCAUAAUAUUUUAAUUUAAAUGUAGUUUCACAAUAUUUGUUACCAGUUUAAUUAUUAUUUGUUGUUCAUUUGACUUCACAUAAUUGGAGACAGACAAAUCGUCUUCAGUAUUUUUGAUAUUUUAACUACUAAAAUUCCAAAGGAAUAAAUGAUCGAUUGAACCGGUUUUCAGCCCCA